AUGCAACUCGAAGCCGCUCGGCACAUGGGCCAUGUUGGUGACGUUGGGUCUGGGGGACAAGGCAGUUUGGUUCCUGAAACAAGGAUACUUUCGCCAAAUACAUUCUCAGAGAAUCCAGACGGUCACCACCCCCCAAUCGGCCUAAACAUCAACCUUCACUACGAUGAUGGCAACACCGAUGGCACGACGUCCUCGCCCAACCCUAAGGUACAUGCCGAAAGGCUUCUAUCUGGCGUCGGCACCAGUUCUGACAUGACACAUGUCAUUGAUGAGUAUUCGCCAAACCAUGUUGCUGGCAAUCCUCCCGGCCCGUUUGUGUCGAGCGGUCCUCCUGCGCCUCGCCCACCGGCAGGAGGCAAUGGCGGAGGCAGUGCCUCUCCCCCUCGGGUCGUUACCAUGACACAGACUGUCACAGUUCCCCAAGCAGGUGCCGGCUUGGGCUCAGGUACUGGUUCCUAUGCGUACGGUGGUUAUCAAGGUGCGAAUGCCGGCGGCAGCGGUGCUGGGUCAUAUGACUUUGGUGCCGGAAGUGGUAGCGGCGUGGGCGGAAAAGGGGCUUAUGGUGCGGGUGCUGGGAAUGGGGGCUCUGAUCCUGCGGCAUAUGGUCCUCCUGGUGGAGGCAAUGGCCAAACACUCACUGUCAUCGAGACAACAACCAUCUGUCUGAGUUCAGCUCAACAGUCGCCGGCAGGAGGCUAUGCCAACGGCGGAGGCGGAUCACAGCCAUGUCCAGCAGGCAAUGGCAACGGUUACGGGAGCGGCAAUGGGGCAUGUCAACCUUCUCAGUCUGCUUUGCAAGGCCCGCUGGUCGAGACAGUCUUCAUCUUGGGCACCCCAAGUCCAAUGGCCAUUGCUCCAACAAGCUGUCCAGCCGGAGCCGGAAAUGGGAACGGAGACGACGGUUCACAAUAUGCAGCCCAAGCCGCACCUGCACCUCCUCCUCCCCCUCCACCACCACCAGUCUAUGUGACAAUCACUCAAACAGUCGCUGCACCACCUCCUUCACCCUCCCCAGCUCCUGUUUCAUUGGCGGCUGUUUCGUUUGAUCCUCCAGCGUACGCUCCUCCAAACACGGUUGCAUACUUGGGAGCCAAGGGCGCAGGUUUGCAGCAACAAGUCGCGGACGAGGCUACAACGUCUUUCUACACAGCAUUCACUGCUGCUCCCCAUUUCCAACAAUCAGGGGCAGCGGGCGCAUAUGGCGACCCACCAGACAGUGCAAGCGCAGCCACAGCCAACGGCAGCAAUUCUCCAGCAGACAGUGAUGGUGCAGUUGCGCCGAUUCCCGCGAUCCCACCGUCGAUCUGGGGUGCUGGUCCAGCCCAAGUUACGGCAGCAAAAGCGGCGCAGGAUGGCCCGUCUCUUGUGAUUCUGUCAGCGGCCCUUGGGUUUAUCCUACUGCAGGCUCUUUUCCUCACAUUCUAG